CUAAGCAAAGAAAAUAAAGAAAAACAGGAACAGAGAGAGAAUCAUUCCAAAUUUGAGAAGAAUCUUCCAUUCAAUCCUUUCAUUUUCUUCCCCUUAAUCUCUUCUAGCUCAAGAGAGAAUCCCUCACUGAUUUCAAUCGCAAUGGCUGCGAAUUUGCAGGAGGAAAACGGAGCCGUUUCACCCCCGGCGUUCACGGACUUCCCGGAGGACGUGCAGCUCUGCAUCCUAUCCUUUCUGACGCCGGCGGAGAUCUCCGCCUUCGCCUGCACCUCCAAGCGGUUCGUGUCGCUGUGCCGCGACGACGAGCGCCUCUGGUUCUCCAUGUGCGAUCGCCGCUGGGGUUCCAAGACCCUAAUCGGCAAGUGGGGGAACGGCGAGAUCUCCUAUAAGCUCCUCUACAUGACGCUGCUCGAGUACGAGCAUCUAAUCGGGUUUUGGCGCCGCAGCGGCACCGGAACGGGCCUCAAUUCCGGGAAUUCCGGCCGUCUGGUGUUCUUCGAGUGGGGCCCGUUUUAUGUGUCCGGGUCAUGGGUUACGCCCGUGAAAACGUCGUCGUAUAAGGUGAUUAAAUCCCCAUUCUUAUGGAUGGGGAUUAAUUCCAGAGGAGAAACGGUCAACUACCUUGACCUCGAAGGCCGGCUCGAAUUCUCCGAGAAUUUUAUGUCCUCCUCGGAGGAUUCUUGGCUACAAGAGAAAGAUUUGGUAGCAGUAUACGUGAGCUUUAUAGGGACAUGUCACGUGGCGAUUGAGGAAAAUGUGAAUUCAAGUUCCCCAAAAAAUGGCGAUUUUAGGAAGGUUUCAAGCUCGGGGAAUGUGGUGAAGGAAGAUGAGUAUGAGGACUUGUGUGGGUCCCCUGGGAGCUUGCCGGACCGGCCUAUGUCCGAGAUUUACCAGUACUUUGCGAACCGGAUAAGUCCCGGCGGGAAUGGGUCGUGGAGGAGACAGCGAAGGAGGGAGAAGGAAAGGCAAGGUAGAAGGAAGUGGGAUAUGGAGCAUUUUGUCAAAAUUGUCGAUUGCUCACCUACACCAGCUCGCCCAUUGCAGGGUCUUUGGAAGGGAAUAAGUGAUGACAGGAGUCUGGAGUUUUAUCUUGUUUCGUAUGACAACAUUGGGGGAAUUACUUGCCGAAGAGUUGGGGAAUUGUCUCAACUUUUCUCUGGCUGUACCCUAGUUUUUUGGACUUCAAAUGCUACAUUCAUUGAGUCUCCCUUUACUUCAGAAGAGGAAGAUAUAUAUAUGAGUCGCGAACAUCUUCAACCAUAUGCAGAAGGAGAUAGUUUUGAUGAUUGUCUGCCUUGUUCUGAUAACAGAGACGUAAUGCGCAUGCUCUCCAUGAAUUCAAGCUAUGACUUGGUCAUCCCUGACCUGACAGGAACUAAUUUAAAUCCUCGGCAGGUGGAAGGGAGGAUUUGGCAGUAUGGAAAUGGGACAUUUGGCUUUGGAUUUCUCCGAAAUGAUUACAUUAUAGACUUGAAGCAAAUUGCUAGAGAUGGUCAUAUAUUAGAUACUAUCAACUUUUCAGAUGAUUGAAUUUAUUUUAUAUUUACUUAGUCAGGCCAGUAGAAUGACUAGGAAUUAUCUGAUUAUCAUCAUUGUACAUUAAAAUUAUAUACUGGGGUUACCAUCAUUUCAUUGUAUUGUGUAACAUUGUCCUGGAAAUAAAAGUUUCCCAAUUGUUUAAAACUAUUGCUGAAA